UGGAUCUAGAGGAUUGGCAUAUUUUAUCGUUUUAGUAUCAUAAAGGCAAUGCUGAAGAUGAAACCAAAAAAAGUUACAGAAAACAUGCAUACAUCUUUGAACAGCUUACAUGUUUACAGGAUACAAUCUUAUGCGAAAAGUGUUUUUAUUUAAUGCAUCUCUCUGACUAGUCCAUUCCGUCUGAUUUCACUGCAUAGCCUGUACUAUUAAAACAUUACAUAGCUAGCUCUCGCAGCCAUUUCGAAGGAGUCUCAACAACAGAAAUAAUAAUUAGAAUAUUGAAAAGCUUAAAAUGUUUUAGUUGGUCUUUGAACAUUUUCAUUAAGAAAUACAUUACACAUCGAAAUUAUUUUCCUUUCCCGGUCGCUAAUCAUUUCUUUCAGGGAUUUCAAGUGCAUAAUGCAAAAUGUUUCCAACGGAACCUUAGAUGAAAACGUUUGCAGGCACUUUGCAUGCUGCUGUAACAGAGCUGGUUAAUUUCAAUAGUCACAUUUUGGCUAACGUUAGCUGGCUAAGCUAAACUAGCUAACGGGAGACCCAGGCAUUGUCUUGAGCUACCGUUAGCCAAUCUGGUCAGACAAACCAUCACAAAAGCCAACGGGGGAAAUGACUCGUACGUCAAGUAUACAUGCGAAGCGAUCAAAUGUUAAUAUAAAAAUACGCGUGUGUGUUACCUUUCGUAUUAGCAGAGCUGUUUUAGUUUCACAUCCGGAGCAGUUAAGUUGAACAACAAGCCACCAGCACCAAUCAGCGCAGUCGGUGCAGACCUCAACCAAUCACAAGCCGCAUAGCCAGCGGAAGUAUAUUUAUGCUCUUCCUCUUAACUCCGUUGUUCGACGUCCGUCCAUGAAAGACGUCCAUUCAUUUUUUUUAAAGUUCUACUGUUAAAUUCAACUCUGUUCCUGAUUCUUGUCGACUGAAGCAGGAUGAUUGAACCCAAGAAGAGAGCGGCGGACAUGGCUGUGGUUCCUACCGCCGUGAAGCGGCCCCGCACCGAGCUGGUGGCCGCGGCUCAGUCGCAACAACUCGUGGCGAUGGGCCCCCCACGGAGCUCCAGCCUGCAGGCUCCCAUCAUGCUGAUGUCGGGCCACGAGGGGGAGGUCUACUGCUGCAAGUUUCACCCCAACGGAGCCACGCUGGCCUCCUCAGGAUUUGACAGGCUCAUAUUGAUGUGGAAUGUAUACGGGGAUUGUGACAACUAUGCCACUAUGAAGGGCCACAGUGGAGCAGUGAUGGAGCUGCACUACAACACAGAUGGCAGCAUGCUGUUUUCCGCGAGCACGGACAAGACUGUAGGCGUCUGGGACAGUGAAACCGGCGAGAGGAUCAAGCGUCUGAAGGGCCACACCUCCUUUGUGAAUACCUGCUACCCUGCUCGCCGAGGGCCCCAGCUCGUCUGCACUGGCAGCGAUGACGGGACGGUCAAACUGUGGGAUAUUCGCAAGAAAGGCGCGAUCCACACUUUCCAGAACACCUACCAGGUGCUCGCCGCCACAUUCAAUGACACCAGUGAUCAGAUCCUCUCUGGAGGCAUCGACAACGACAUCAAGGUGUGGGACUUGAGGCAGAACAAGCUGAUCUACAACAUGCACGGCCAUGGUGACUCAGUAACUGGACUCAGUCUGAGCUCUGAGGGGUCGUACCUUCUCUCAAACUCCAUGGACAACACGGUGCGUAUUUGGGAUGUCCGGCCAUUCGCACCCAAGGAGAGGUGCGUGAAGAUUUUCCAGGGCAACGUUCACAACUUUGAGAAGAACCUGCUGAGGUGCUCCUGGUCUACUGACGGCAGUAAGAUAGCUGCCGGCUCCGCUGACAGAUUUGUGUACAUCUGGGACACCACAUCACGUAGAAUCCUCUACAAGCUGCCGGGCCACGCCGGCUCGGUUAAUGAGGUGGCCUUUCACCCAGAGGAGCCUAUAGUGCUGUCUGGCGGCAGUGACAAAAGGCUCUACAUGGGAGAAAUUCAGUAGUGUUAGUGUGUGAGUGUGUGUGACGGUGUGUGUGUGUGUGUCUCCUGCCUCAGAAGUGGAUGGGUGGUGUUUGUCAGUGGGUGAGGAGUCUCUGUAAUUUCAUGAGCUUCAGCUUGUUUAGAACAACAAGUUUUAUUAUCAGUCACAAACAGCUAUGCCAGGACUUUUUUGUUUUGUUUUGUUUCUUUAUAAUAAACUUGAAUAUUCUUUCA